UCCUCUCUCUUGGCUGUAGCAAGCGUCGUGCUGUCUCUCAACUCAUAUCUGGAUAGGCAGUUUGCCAACAACUGGGUUUCAGACAAGACAUGGAACUGGGACGAGGAGAUUGUUCUCGUCACGGGAGGCAGCGGCGGAAUCGGCGCCAGCAUUUGUAAGCACUUCCUUGCACGAAAUCCUCGCACCCGAAUCGUGGUCGUCGACUACGCUCCACUCAGCUGGAAGCCUGAGCAGGAGGGCGUCCGACUGUCGUACUACCAGUGCGACUUGAGUGACACGAGCGCCUUGAAGGCGACAUGUGAGCGCAUCCGGAACGAGGUCGGCCAUCCGACGGUGUUAUUCAACAACGCCGGCCUGGUCCGCGGCGCGAGCGUCAUGGAAGGGUCGUACGGCGAUAUCGAGGCAACAGUGAGGACCAAUCUGAUUGCGCCGAUGCUGCUUGUCAAGGAGUUCAUCCCAGAGAUGGUCAAGCGUGACCACGGCCAUAUUCUGCACACGGGGAGUCUGAGCUGCAUUACACCUCCGGCCAUGGUGGCGGACUAUUCAGCUACAAAGGCUGGCUUGGUGGCCAUGCAUGAGUCUCUGCAAUUGGAACUCAAAACCGUCUACAAUGCUCCACGUGUGCGCCUUACAAUGGGAAUCUUCUGCUUUAUCCGCACGCCGCUCAUCGGCGGAGAGAUGAAUGUUCCAAACUUUUUGUUGCCAUUGCUCGAGGUUGACAGCGUCGGCGAGACUUUGGCAAAUGCCGCGUACAGCGGCUACGGAUCCACCAUUUACAUGCCCAGCCUUUUUAACAGGCUUGCAAUAACAUUGAGGGGUGGUCCUGAAUGGUUCUUCCGGCUUGUGCGAGAAGGCACGACUGCGUUCCGAAUCGAUUUCCGAGGUCGGCAACAACUCGAUGCAGUAACUGGC